UUCAGGUGUUCAAGUUGUUGUUUGAGGGCCUUUCACUUCUACCGAGCAUGGCCGCGCUUGAGGAGUCGAGGACCUGUGCCAACAUGGAAGCAUUGCUGGACAGUUUGCUGCAAAGCGAACCGGAUCUUGGAGAUCCUUUGGGAUACAGGCUUGCAUGGGGUAAGCUCAAGGUAGAUCAGUAUCCGAUCAUGACGACAAAGCAAGUGGAUGCCUUUCGCAGAGAUGGGGCUGUCUUGCUGAGCUUUGGUGAAUCCAGAAUCAUUCAGGAUGACACGCUGAGGGUCACUCCCUCAACCAGACAAACCGGCAACGUGGGCCUAAACACAGUGGCAGAUUACAUGCUACUUGCUGUUGCGAAGCAAGUGGUCCAGCUGAUGCCAGCUGUGGUAUGUGACGUGCAAAGCUUUGAAGAACUCUAUGAUGGUCGGCUCAUUACGGACAUUCUUCCGGAAGCCAAACACACCACCUACGAUGGAAGCAUCCGCGAGAGGGACCACACGAGAGUCAAGGAAGACGCGAUGCGUUUGCAUGUCGAUGAUUGUGACCACCUCUUGCGAGCUCCAGUUCAGCUCCUGUUGGGCAUCAAGAAUGUGAAGGGAACGGCCACCACAGUGGCGCUGACGCCACCAGAUGCGGACCUGCACAAGGAGGGUAUAGACCCUGAGAUCCUUCGCAGCAACAGUUACAAGCACAAGCCACCGAAUAUCCUCUCAGUCGAUGAGGAUGACAUUCCGCUGCGACCUGUGCUGUACGGCACAUCCGAUGCCCCCCAAAUCCAGGCAGAUUGGAAAUCGACGAGUGCGAUUAGCGACCAAGCGCUGGAAGCCUGGAAGUCUCUACAUGGACUACUACAGAGGCAGCAACAUGUGCCGGCAGCAAUCAGUUACGAUUAAUCACUUUUUUGGGGGAGGUUAUCGCUAUUGGGUUGGAGGCCAUUGCUCUCAGGUUGGAGGCCAUUGCUAUUGGUAACUCAAAAAGUUUUGUUUGAUUUAAUUGUUCUCGGUCUAUUUUGCCACAGAAACAAGUUUUGAGGAAAACUGGCCGGCUCACAAGAGUCCAGCUGGAUUUCUAGGUGCGCAGGGCCAAAACGUAAGUCUUGUCACUAGGACCAACGAAACGAUGGCCUCCAACUAAUGCGAUUCCUUAUUUGCACAUGUCUUUUCGUUCUUUGGACCUGCGCCCUUCUCAGGCGAAUUUGCACUUGGCCCAGGUGACAUCCUUGUUGCUUGGACGCGCCUGACAAGCAAACCCCAAGGCAUGAAGGCAUUGUGCCGGCUGUUGGUCCAUAAUCUGUGGUCCAUUCGCUAAUUCAAAAUGUCAUGAGUAUGUUCCUGAUAAGACCCAGACUUACUUUCCGAACAUUCAGAUGUUGAGCACAUUGUGUUUCAACCUCCCAAUGCUAGUAAGCCCUCAGAGUGCAACAGGUCAAGCGCAAGCUCAAAGAAUUCACCACAUCAAAUUCGAAGUCGGGGCUAGGUCUACCCGGUAGUCCACUCCCGUCAACGGACGUUGGUGACUGGACGACCCCUCCGAAGACCCCCGUAAAUCUUCCCGCUCUUGGAGUUGUUUGUUCUGUCCUAGGUCAGGGUUUUGGAGUGCACUCUUUGUGGCAUACACACGAUGUUGAAAAGAACAAGGUACGAAAGAAACGCCAUGCGUAAAGACCAGGGCCUACCUUAAAGACGCUCUUGGAAAGCCCAUGUGCGUAUUGCCUUCGGAUGACGUUUGCCUUCAGACCUUUCUGUUCUUGAACCUUUUGGAGAAACACAGUGCGGAGUGCGGAACGUGCUUCUUGUUACUAGCAGCUAGCUUGUUCCUAGUAGCGAUGCCGGGAGCCCCUAGUAGCUUCUUGUUACUACUAGUAAGGCACUUGUUACUAGUAGCGAUGCACUUGUUACUACUAGCUUUCGGUCACUUCGUCGUGUGCUUUCGCUUUGAGGUCCUGGACAAUUACCGAACACUUCACGGCCGUGGCGCCCUUGAGCCUGUGUGCGGCUUGGAGCAUCGCCGUUGGGUCAAGCGACUUUGGCUCUCUGGCACGAACCAGGAAGAGGAACUGCAACAUUGCAAAGCUUCGCAAGAACAACCUCGUGUGUUUUGCCGCCGCAAGGCUUAUUGGAGCGGGAAAAGUAGGUGUCACCCUUGCUCUUCAACCUAAGAGCGAUGGCCUCCAACCUCUACUAGAGCGUGGCAAAUAAGUCGCUGACUUUUUACUGACUUCUGUGCCCAGAAAAAUGGCAACGACAC